UUUGGUUAGUGGUUGGGUAACCUCACUUUACUCGUACGGAUUUAGCCGUCAUUCCCAACAUCAUCAUCAUCAUCAUCAUCAAAAUAUAUACAAAAGUGAAUUGCAUCCCCAGAUCACAGAUGAAAAAAAAGAGAAAAGAAAAUAGACACAGUUAUCGAGGAGGAAAGAAAUGUUCCAUUGUUGCCUUCAUUUUGGUGUGAUUUUAUAAACAAAACCGUGCAAAGUGUUGUUCGCGAAGUGGCAAUCACUUCUAUCGAUUCAGUGAAUGGCCCAAUGCAAUUUUAAUUAUUGGAAAUGUUAUAUAAUGAUGUUGACAGCUCUCGAUCCUACAUUAACGAUUUGUAUAGCGACGAUGAUAACAAUAAAAUCCAGGAUUCGUUAAUUUAUCUAAAAAAUAUCGUCAUCGGUAGUGAUAAACAGAAAACAAUAGUCAUUACACAAGGGAUUGUACCCAGACUUAUGUUUUUAUUGUCACAAGAUAGUACACCGCUACCAAUUCGAUAUGAUGCAGCCAUCGUUCUUGGUUCACUUUCAAAGGGUUCCGACGAUAAUGUGCGAUCAUUGAUUGAGGCUGGCCUUAUACAAGUUCUAUUGAAAAUAGUAACUAACCUAAACGCUGAUAAGCAUCUCAUGGAGAUUUGCUUGUGUGUAGUUCGUUCGAUUUAUGAACAUCCAUUUGCACCCAAAGAAAUCAUUAAUACCACGUCAACACUAAGCUAUUUGAUUGGUUUGGCAUCACCAGAGAACACGAUCCAAUGUCAGGCAUGUGUGGCGAAUAUUUUGGUUCCAAUUUGUCAUAAUUCGAUCGAUCAGAAGAUGCUGUGUAAGGCCGGUGCAAUCCCAUUAUUAGCUCGUUUGAUAACAACACGAUACACGAUACUGCAAAUACCUGCACUCAAGUGUUUGGCGGCAAUGUGCUUUACAAAUAAAUACGUUUCCGAUAUAGUGUGUGUAACAAAUCACGAAGAACGAUCGAUUCCGGACAUUUUGAGCACGUUGACAUCACGAGCGAGGAUUCCUGAGAUCCAAAUAGCGGCAGCGCGUUGCUUAACCUAUAUCCAUCGUUCGGGUUCAUUGAGUUCGACUGAUUCACGAAUCGUUUACAAAACUUUACCGUGUUUGGCUCGGCUUUGUACAGAAGAAUUUGAAGAGAAUAUCCGGGCAACGGCCGCCGAAACGCUGGCCUAUUUGGCCGAAAUCGAUUCCGAACUACAACGACUCGCCGCAAUAAGCAAUCAUUUAAUCAAUUCAUUAAGCAAUCUAUUGCAAUGCUCAAAUCCUGCACCGCGUCAAGGCGCAUUCCGAUGCUUUGCAUCGCUCGGCGCAAAUGAUGAGGAAAUACGGAAGCGCAUCAUCGAAAAGGACGGUAUCAUGGAAGAGGUGCUUGCUGGUCUUGGUGAUCCGUGUGCCGAUGUUCGAUUGGCGGCCGUUCGUUGUUUGCACUCGCUGUCACGGUCGGUGCAACAAUUGCGUACGACAUUUCAGGACCACCUAGUUUGGCGACCGCUAAUGGCACUCUCCUCUGGUUCACCAUCCAACGAACUGUUGACCGUAGUAACAUCGACCAUUUGUAACUUAUUGUUAGAAUUCUCACCGGCCAAAGAACCCAUGGUUGAACUAGGCGCCAUCGAAUUACUGUGUCAACUUACACAGAAUUCCGAGCUAGCGCUACGACUGAACGGCGUUUGGGCACUCAUGAACAUGACCUUUCAAACAGAGGAACAUAUUAAAACCAAAAUUAUUAAUACACUCGGCACUGAUAGGAUAUUUCAAUUACUCAACGAUUCGGAUACGGGCGUGAUUAUGAAAACAUUGGGACUGUUGCGGAAUCUGAUGAGCAAAUCGACCGACAUAGAUAACAUAAUGUCAGGGCACUCGGAUCAACUAAUGCACAUGAUUAUCACGGUGCUUGAGUCGCCACACACUCCCGAAAUCAAAGAACAAGCCUUGUGUAUUAUAGGAAAUAUAGCUGCUGGCGCCGGUAUUACUGACUAUGUCAUGGAGAAUGAACGGAUUUUGAAAAAAUUAUUCGAUUUUAUUAAUCACAAGGAUGUGAAACUUCAGGAAGGUGCAAUGUUUGCAAUAAAAAAUCUCAUUGAGAAAAGUGAUUUGAAUACACCGCAGCGGUUAUCCCGAUUACAAGAGCUUGGGAUCAUUGAAGAGUUGGAUAAAUAUCUAAAUUCAACAUCCAGAGAAUCAUCAAGGUCUUCCGAAGAUAUUCGCGCCAUGAUUCGGCGAAUUAAGAGUUAUUCAUCGUAAAUGUUGAAUCGAAUUUGACCAGUGGAUUCGAGCAAUUGCAGAGUAAUAAUGCAGUCAAAACAAUAUGAACGUCAGACAGAAUGAGCUGUUCAAAGGAAGCGGGCAUUUUUUUUUUAGCCGAAUAGAUUUUGAUAUAUCUGUUUAGCAUUGAAUCUACAUCCGACUUUAUGUCAUCAAAAAACCUUGCACAUCAUGUCAUUUUUCAAAAAGAAAAACAAAAAUCACGCCAGUUUACUGGAAUUUCGUUGCUAGUGAAAUCUUUUCUAUAAAUUCAUUCAGAAGAACAAAGAGAGAAACAAACAAACAUAAAAACAAACGUGAAAUAAAAACAAAUCAUUCAUAACACUAAGCUCAUCUAGUGCAUCGGUCAAAGCCAAUUUAACCACUAAACAAUUUCAUCUUUUCAUGGUGUAUAUACAGAAAUUACACAAACACAAAAUCGCAUGUCUCAUUUUUUUUUGUAUCAAUCAUUUCAUAUUGCUUUGUUGUUGAUAAAUAUUUUCCAUAACGUUUUUUCUGCAAUUAUUAUUUUUAAAAAAAUCAAAAUUUAUAAAAUUUAUCAAAAGAAUUACAAAAAAAGAGGUUAAUGUUAUUAUAAAAAAAAAUAUCACUAAAAAUUGAAUCGAAAAAAAAAAUGAUAAAAAGAAAUAAAUAUGACAUUAAUAGA